AACCAUACUGGAAAAAAAGCACAAAAAAGAAGAAGCUGGGCAAUGCCAGGUUUAUGCCGGUCAAAAGUGUAAACCAGCUUAGCCACUUAGUCAAUGUGAUGACCAUGCUGGCAGACUAACUUGGUCAUAACCAUGCUCACUGAUGUACGCUGUUUUCAUAGCAGGAAAUAUAAUCAAUGACUCAAUGCUUCAUAAUCGCAAUUAACCGCAGUUAAAACAAAGGUAAACAGUGACAGUUGUGCAGAUGGUGUUGUGUGCAUGUAUAAAAAUAAAUGUCAAUACAAGCAUGAGAGUACAGACAGGACAUUAUUUAGCUAGCUAUACAAACAUUUAAACCAAACCAGUACCUAAUUAAUACGACGUUCCGUGGCGCUAGCUCGCAAAGAUAAAAGACGUCUUACAACCCAAAACGGCGUCCACUUUAUUAAUAAAACAUCGGAUAGGCACUUCACCUUCACUGCACUCCGGUACAGUAGGUGACGGUAUGCACCUAUACACGUUUUUUUAACAUCAGCCAUUAAAUUUAGCGAAGAAGAAGGUACUACACCGGAACGGAAGUUCAUGCGACGUCGAAUUGGAACCGGAAAGCUAGCUAACGGUGGUUGCUAACGCACGGGUUUUUUUUUAUCUAAACAAGUGCCGCGUAUCACGCAGGAGCAAUUGUCAGAGAUUUCAUUUUCAGAGAAUAUGGAGAAUAUUGUAUCGACGUACGAUGAUGAUGAAGUGGAUUUCAUCGUAUGCGAUGUAUGUAAUAUUAAGAUUAGGACUGACGCUAUGUACAGGAUACACCUGACCACGAUUCAGCAUCUCAAGAAAGUGGAGGCUCUGGUUGCUGCAGGGAAAGCCAGGAGAGACCAGUCACUGCCCGUAUGGACCAGCUACACCCACUACCUGGACUACCUGCAGCUGGACGAGCCCAUCAUUGGGCUGAAGCAUCUUGUGGAGGUGGAGACCCCCCCGGGCUCCCUGGGGCCCAGGUACCUGUGCAGACUGUGCAGAUUUGACGCAGACUUGCCCGACAUGACCAAUCACAUCAUCGGUCGCAAACACAGGCAGAAAUACCUGGAGACGCAGAGGCCUGACCUGGUCACCUGGGACAGGAGCAGCGCCUCUCAGCCGGGGAAGGUGGUGCGGGCCAAAGCGGAGGUGGCCGAACGGCAGGAUGGGCGGGGCGUCCCCGAGAGAUCAAAGAGGAGGUCUGCAGCCCUUGAGAAAUCAGGCACUCUGAAAGUUCCCAGCCCUCAGUGGAGAGGCGGGCAAACGUCGGCCCAGGGGGGGGCUAGAGGGGGGCUGGCCAACAAACCCAUCCGGCCCUUGCUGGACCAGCAUGGGCACGCCCGCUACAGGGACCUCCCCCCUGGGCGGGGCCACCCAGAGCAGCUCCCUGAGUCCUUUGCUUCAAGAGAGGAGUGGAAAGCCGAGCAACCCAGGAGGAGGAGGAGCCUGGAGAAGGACGGAGGGUUCGGAGGGACGGAUGGCCUUCCUGUCGAUUCACAUCCUGCAUAUCACCAUGGAGACAGAAUGUACCCAGAGAACGAAGAGGAAAGGAGGGGCAGGAUUUAUGAAGAUGAGCCUAGAAAGGGUGGAGUUUAUGAAGAUGAAGGGAGGAGGGGUGGGGCUUAUGAAGGGGAAGGGAGGAGGGGCGGGGCUUAUGAAGAGGAAGGGAGAAGGGGGGAGGGGCUUAUGAAGGGGAAGGGAGGAGGGGCGGGGCUUAUGAAGGUGUAG